AUGUUGAACUCAGUCAACAUUAAGCCAUUGAUCAAUACCAAGGUCUUCGAAGCCAUCAAGGUCGGCAAGAACCGGUUGCAAAACAGAGUCGUUUUCGUGCCUUCUACCCGGUACAGGGCUCUUGACGAUCACACACCCUCCGAUCUUCAACUUCAAUAUUAUGAUGACAGAUCAAAGUACCCCGGAACGUUGCUUAUCACCGAGGGUGUGCUUGCAACCGAUAAGACCGGAAGCUUGUCCAAAGCUCCUGCUAUUAUAACCGAGAAGCACGUUCAGGAAUGGAAGAAAAUUACAGACAAAAUUCACGAGAAUCAAUCCUUCGCGUCUCUCCAGCUUUGGGCUUUGGGUCGUGUUGCUGAUGCAGCUUUGAGUAAGAAAGAAGGCCAGCAAUUGAAAGGUGUAUCUGCGAUUUACUCCGACGAAGCUUAUGAGAAGAAAGCCAAGGAAGCUGGCAAUGAAUUGGAGGCUUAUACGACCGAGGAGCUUGAUCAAUUGGUUGAGGAGCUCACAGAUGCAGCUAAAAGAGCUGUGGAUGCUGGUUUUGAUUACGUGGAGCUUCAUGGAGCGACGGGCUACCUCUUCAAUCAAUUUUUUGAAGCAUCCUCUAACAAGAGAACUGACAAGUACGGUGGUUCCGUAGAAAACAGAUCACGCUUCACCUUGAAUGUUAUUGACCGUAUUUCAGAGGAGAUAGGCGCCGACAAAGUCGCCAUUAGAUUCUCACCAUGGCUCCAGUUCAACGGUAUGAAAUCUUCCAACGACGAAGUUCACCCAUUGGUCACCUACGGCUACAUAUUGAGCGAAUUACAGAAAAGGGCUGAUGCUGGUAAAGCCCUUGCUUAUGUUUCUUUAGUGGAGCCCAGGAUUCCCGAGAUGCUGUUUGGAGAAGACCCAGAUGCAAGCAAUGAUUUUGUCAAGCUUAUCUGGAAGGGAACCCUUAUCAGAAGUGGCAAUUACACCUACGAUGUUCCUGAAUUUAAAGAUCUUUUGAAGGAUCUUGAAGACGGACGCACUUUGGCGGGAUUUUCCAGAUACUUUAUUGCCAACCCUGACUUGGUACAUAGAUUGCGUGAUGGAAAGAGCUUGAAUAAGUACGAUAGAAGUACUUUCUACACCAACCAGAACUGGGGCUAUAACACUUACCCAAAUGCGGAAGAGGAGGAGAGCUUUGACGAGGAAGCAGAAAGGGCUCGUGAAGCUGCCCCAAUUGCCAAUUAG